AUUGUGAUAACCGGCAUUUUGUGAUUAUCAGUAUAAGUAGACUGUUGAUAUAUAAACGCCAUUUUUAUGAAACCAUCAGUUCCAAGAGUUAUUCCUGAUGAUAAGAAUGUAUUCCUAUACACCAGGAUCCAAAUUCAUCUGUCUCCUAUUGGGAGUUUGCAGUAUAGUUGUUCGUUCCAGUUUGGCAGCAAACGAAGAUUUGAAAGUGAUUUUUCAGUGGUCUCAGGUUGAAUUUGACUAUCCCUCUGAAAGUAUCAGACAAGAUGAUAUUGACAGCGGAAAUUUCAUGCCAGGAAAUGCUGUAACUAUUGAUGUAGACAUUUACUAUCCAGGUGACAAUGGUACGUCGAAAGUUUUUAUCGCCAUGCCUAAGUUCCAGCCUGGUGUACCUGUAGCCUUAGGUACAGUGACCAAUAAAGUUAGAAAUGGCAAUCCAAUUAUCGCGCCGUACCCGUCUUGGGAUUGGCACACCGAACCUACAAAAUGCAAGACUGAUAGAAUCGUUUCUGUUUUCAGAGUGAUGAUAGAUGAAUGUGACAGACUUUGGGUAUUGGAUACUGGAAGAGUAUUGGAUGAAAUGAAAUGCCCCCCUCAACUUCUGGCAUUCGAUUUAAAAACUAAUGCACUUCUCCACCGGUACGAAAUUCCCUCCAGUCAGAUUGAAUCUCGUUCUAUACUAGUUACACCCGUUGUGGAGAUAAUAGACAAAAGUAACCAGUGUCACAAUACUUUCGUCUAUUUAGCGGAUUGUCAGACAUAUUCCAUCAUCGUGUAUGACCUUCAACGACAGACUUCUUGGAGAGUGACUGAUAAGACUAUGUAUCCAUAUCCCAGUUACGGUACCUACAAUAUUAAAGGUGACAGUUUCGAUCUGAUGGAUGGCAUUCUAGGAAUGAGUUUAUCACCUGCUUUAUCAGAAGGUGGAAGAAAACUGUUUUAUCAUGCAAUGUCCAGCGGAACAGAAAAUUGGGUGUACACUUCCGAUCUCAGAAACGAAACACGUUUCAGAGAGGAUCCGUCAUCAUCCCCAGGCAUAUUCACUACUUAUCGUAAAAGCAGAGGUACCCAAAGCGGAGGAGAAGCUUUCAACAAAGACGGAAUCCUGUUCUAUGGUUUGAUGAGUGACGUGAAGAUCGCUUGCUUCAACGCCAGAGGAGAGUAUGGAUAUUAUAAAAGUACCGAUAUUGUAGCUGAUGACCCAGUAACGUUACAGUUUGUUAGCGGAAUCAAGGUUAUAGUGAACAGAAAAGGAGAAGAAGAACUCUUUGUACUAACGUCUCGAUUUCAAAGAGUAGCAACAGGAACUUUGAAUUCGUCUGAAAUCAAUUUCCGUAUACUCACAGGUGGAGUUGACAAGUUGCUAGCUGGAACGAGAUGCCGAAGUCAAUUGUCAACAAAAUGGGAUUUAUUAUUCUCACGCUGGAGUUAUGCUUAAAAUCGGUAGCAAAAUGUUUAUGUGACUGAUGAACUAUUAUUGUUACGUUCAAUGAAAAAUAGAGAAGUCAAUUAAACAGAUUGAUCAACAUA